AUGUCAACUAAAACUAUCACAUUAUUACCAGGUGACCACGUAGGUACCGAAAUUAUCGAAGAAGCCGUUAAGGUUCUUAAAGCUAUCGAAGCCAACUCCCCUAAAAAUGUCAAAUUCGAAUUCCUCCAUCAUUUAAUUGGUGGGGCUGCUAUCGACGCUACUGGUGAACCAUUACCUGAUGCCAGUUUAGAAGCAGCUAAAAAAUCUGAUGCUGUAUUAUUAGGGGCUGUAGGUGGUCCUAAAUGGGGUACCGGUAAGGUCAGACCUGAACAAGGUUUAUUAAAGAUCAGAAAAGAACUUAAUUUAUAUGCCAAUUUAAGACCAUGUAACUUUGUAUCUGAAAAAUUGUUAGAAUUAAGUCCCCUUCGUCCUGAAAUUGUUAAGGGAACCAACUUCACUGUUGUCAGAGAAUUAGUUGGAGGUAUUUAUUUCGGUCAAAGAUUAGAAAAAGAAGAUAGUGAAGAUAAAGCUACUGCUUGGGAUACAGAACAAUACACUGUUGAAGAAGUUCAAAGAAUUACUAGAAUGGCUGCUUUCAUGGCUUUACAACACAACCCUCCAUUACCAAUUUGGUCUUUAGAUAAGGCUAAUGUGUUAGCAUCUUCCAGAUUAUGGCGUUCAGUAGUUGAUGCCACCAUUGCUGAAGAAUUCCCUCAAUUACUGGUUCAACAUCAAUUGAUUGAUUCAGCUGCUAUGAUUUUGAUUCAAAGUCCUUCGAAAUUAAACGGUAUCAUCAUUACUUCAAAUAUGUUUGGUGAUAUCAUUUCUGAUGAAGCUUCAGUUAUUCCUGGUUCAUUAGGAUUACUUCCAUCAGCUUCUUUAGCUUCAUUACCAGAUACCAACAAAGCCUUUGGUUUAUAUGAACCAUGUCAUGGUUCUGCCCCAGACUUACCAGCUAAUAAGGUCAAUCCAGUAGCUACUAUCUUAUCUGUAGCUAUGAUGUUGAGAUUAUCUUUAGAUAUGUUGAAGGAAGCCGAAGCUUUAGAAAAGGCUGUUGGUGAAGUUAUCGAUCAAGAUAUCAGAACUGCUGACUUAAAAGGUACUAGUAGUACCCAAGAAGUUGGAGAUGCUGUUGCUGAAGCUGUGGGAAGAAUUUUAAGAGAAUCUGCUUAA